AUGACGGCCGGAUUCAAACACUGCCAACGGCUGCUGUUCUCAACUUCCUCCACGGCGUCUUCUUCUCUCCGUUCUCUGCCACCGUCUCUCUCCAUCCCAACCCUCAAAUCCCAGCAGCAGCAGCAGCAGAUCAACGACCUCAUCAGCAGCCUCUGCAAGCAGAAGCGCUACCGAGAAGCCCUCCGCACCUUCCACUCGCUCCCACCCCCCUCUCCCCACCUCCACCUAUACCCCUCCACCUACGGCCACCUCUUCCUCGCCUGCUCCCACCUUCGAUCCCUUCCCGACGCCCGUCUCCUCCACCGUCACCUCGCCGCCUCCCCCGCCCCUCCCGACGUCGUCCUCCACAACCACAUUCUCAACGCUUAUGGCAAAUGCGGCUCGCCUGAUGACGCCCGUCGCCUGUUCGACGCAAUGCCCGACAGGAACCUCGUCUCUUGGACUUCGAUGAUCUCCGGCUGCUCGCAGAACGGCAGGGACCUUGAAGCCGUCGAGUUGUAUCUUGGGGUGCUCCGCUCGGGGUUGCACCCAGAUCAGUUCGCGCUGGGCAGCGUCGUCAGAGCAGGCUCCGGCUUGGGCGACGUCGAACUGGGAAAGCAACUGCAUUGCCAUGCGUUGAAGUCGGAGAGCGGGGCAGAUCGUAUUGUACAGAACGCACUCGUCACGAUGUAUGCAAGGUUGGAUAGGAUUGACGAUGCUGCUAUCGUGUUUGAGAGGAUUGCAGAGAAAGAUGUGAUUUCAUGGGGCUCAAUGAUUGCCGGCUUUUCUAAGCAGGGUCAUGAACUGGAAGCUCUGCACCUUUUCAAGGAGAUGAUCAGUUCAGGUGUUCACUGCCCCAACGAGUUCCAUUUCGGUAGUGGAUUCAGUGCUUGUGGCGAUAUAGGUAUAAUAGAGUAUGGAGAGCAAAUGCAUGGUCUUUGUGCCAAGUUUGGGCUCCAAAGUAAUGAAUUUGCUGGGUGUUCACUAAGUGACAUGUAUGCUAGGUGUGGAAUGCUAGAUUGUGCGAAGAAGGCCUUCAGUGAAAUAGAAAUGCCUGAUCUAGUUUCGUGGAAUUCAAUAUUGUGUGGUUUCUCUUCUCUUGGUCUAUCUAAUGAAGUGACGUUAUUGUUCUCUGAGAUGAGAGAUUCAGGUGUGCAGCCUGAUGACAUCACCAUCCGCUGCUUGCUUUGUGCUUGUACUGGCUGUGAUUCUUUUCAAAAGGGGCAACUGGUCCAUUCUUAUUCAGUGAAAAUGGGUUGGAAGACAAAUAUUGCUGUUUCUAACGCUCUUCUUAUGAUGUACACUAAAUGCUCAGAUCUGUCCGUUGCACUCGAUUUCUUCGAAGACAUGAGGGAUCGAGAUAUUGUUUCUUGGAACACAGUUCUUUCUGCAUGCUUGCAGCACCACCAACCUGAAGAAGUCUUUACAUUCAUAAAACUCAUGCAGAAUCUGGACUACAGGUUUGAUCAGAUCACUUUAAAUGCUAUACUCAGUGCUUGUGGUGACUUGGCCUACUUGGAGAUGGGGAAUCAGGUUCAUGCCUAUGCCAUGAAAGUUGGACUGGAGGUUGACAUAAUGGUCCGCAAUGGUGUAAUUGACACUUAUGCAAAAUGUGGUAACCUAGGGGAUGCAAGAAAGUUAUUUGACUUGAUGGAUGAUAAAUAUGAUGUAUUCCCAUGGAGCAGCUUGAUUCUUGGAUAUGCUCAACUGGGGUAUGCAAAAGAAUCUCUUGAGCUGUUCAUGUGCAUGCAAAGUUCGGGCAUUAAGCCAAAUCAUGUUACAUAUGUUGGGGUUCUUACAGCCUGUGGUCAUGUUGGAUUGGUAGAUAAAGGGCUAUAUUACUACCAAAUGAUGGAAGCUGAACACGGAGUUGUCCCUACAAGAGAGCACUGUUCAUGUGUGAUUGAUUUACUAGCUCGUGCUGGUAGAUUAAAUGAGGCUGAAAAUUUUAUCGAUCAAAUGCCUUUUGAACCUGAUAUUGUGAUGUGGAAGUCUAUCCUAGCCGCAUGCAGGAUGCACAAUAAUGUGGAAAUUGGAAGGAGAGCAGCAGAAAAUAUACUAGAUAUUGAUCCUCAAAAUUCUGCAGCUUAUGUUUUAUUAUGCAACAUCUAUGCUUCCUCUGGCCAUUGGGAUGAUUUUGCAAGACUAAGAAAGAUGAUGAAAAGUAACAGUGUGAAAAAGUCACCUGGAAAGAGCUGGAUCAAGGUAAAGGGAAAUGUGCAUGUCUUCAUAGUGGAAGAUAGGUCACACCAUGAAUCUAGAGGUAUAUAUGAAAUGCUAGAACUUUUGGAAUUAGAGAUGCUGGAUGCUAGCUAUGAUCCCAAACCGUCG